AUGGUUCGUUCAUUCAUGGAGAUGGACAGCAUUCAGCCUAACCGGGCCCUCCUGGAAGCCAGCGAUCCCACAGAGCGUCAUUUUGCUGCCACACACAAGCGCUCGACGGACGGGGCCAUCAAUCGCUUCUUCUCGCUGGAACGCAAAUUUCGUCGGUAUCCAGAAUUGAAGCAGCAGUACGAAGCUUUCCUGGACGACUACUUGCAACGUGGACAUAUGGAACAACUGACCUCGGCUCAGGUUGAGGAGUCCCCAGACACCUGCUUCUAUUUGCCGCACCACGCUGUCAUCAAACUGGACAGUCUGACUACCAUAUGUCGUGUAGUUUUUGAUGGAUCAGGAAAGGACAGCUCUGGAGUAUCGCUCAAUGACAGACUACAUAUUGGUCCACCGAUUCAACGCGAUCUUCUUGGCGUUUGUCUACGCUUCCGGCAGCACCAAUAUGUUUUAUGCGCAGAUGUCGAAAAGAUGUUUCGAGGCAUUAAAAUCUUCAAGCCGCACACCAAUUUUCAGCGCAUUGUUUGA